AUGGGCAAUGGCGGACAACAAUGGGCAAUGGCGGACAACAAUGGGGCGGACCCAUCCAGUUUUUGGUCUCCCGAGGGCCUUUCUUGCAUCCAUGGCAAUCGUAGCCACAGCGACCUCACGUUAACCCACAUUCAAGAACGCGUAUGCUGCACCAUUGUGCUACGCUUCGCCUCACCUAACAAAGUAGUUCAUUCACGUCUCCGCGCACUCGAGCACCGCCCCGGAACAGAAGUGUAUUUGCGGAGCGCGGUGGUCCAACGCACCACAGGUCCCUUCGCAGUCGCUGAAUAUCCUCCAAAGCUUCCUCUGAAGCAGCCCGUCGAAAACCCCGGUGUUUUCAGUUUCCCGAACGUCUCUCCUUUUCCUUUCGUGACCGCCCACCUCGCCUGGUAUCGAAGGACACGGUAUGUCAUAGAAGACCCGCCAUGGCCUGGCCCAGUCGCAGCCGGGCCUUGUCAGUACCGUGCCUUGCACAGUCCCGCUAAGUGA